AAAGGCAUAUGGAUCAACCGCUAUCACGAGCACGAACUCCCAGGGUCAUCAAUUUACAACGGCGUCGACCUGACGGACCCUGUUGUGGAUUUCCUGAAGUUCACAGGGAAUAAUGAAUCAAUGGUUGAUAAAGAUCUUGUGGUGUGGGCAAACGUUGGGUUCUGCCACAUACCUUCAAAUGAGGACAUUCCGCAUACCUCAAUGCACUACUCCACCUACAGUGUAAUUGUUAAACCAAUCAACUUUUUCGAUGCCCCACCCCAGGUGGAUGUCAAAGGACCAGCUUACACCCAUGAU